AAUCUCUCGUGGAGAAACUAUUAAAAAAAAGACGUACACAGCUACGAGAAAUUUGGAGCCAGCUCUGUAACACAAAUGAGAUGGAAAAAGUUGUAAAGAGCAGGUAGCUUAGAGCCAUUUUACAAAGCACCAGACUGCAAAAGAGGACUCAGAGGAAAGCUUCUACAGUGCACCUAUAACACAGUUGUACUUCUCUCCUCAUGCCUACCGGCUUGGCUGGCUUUACACCCAGCCUUUCCUUCAUAAGACUUUGUAAAGUAGAUUGAGGGGCUGCAAUUCCUUCCUUGUAAAAGUGAGGAGCAUGUGAGUUCACUGAAGUCUAUAAAAACCAUUAGUUUUUCAAGGCAGGUCUGCCCUAGGUAAAAUUUAUAUAAUGAGAUAUUUAAAACUCUACUAGUGCAAACCAGCACUCAGAAAUAAAUCAGAAAUAAAAUCUAGUUGAGAGAGAUCAUUAUUGCAGAAACCCCUCUGGAGACUCCUCGACUGGGAAUGGCUAGGCCCCACCCAAAUAAAAUCUUUAUUUUUUAGGUGGCUUUGUUUCCAGCAGGGGAAAAAGCUUACGGCAACUAGUACCAAGCUAGCCAAGCUCAGAAAUACUUUACUACCUCUAUGCAAUGAAAUCUUCACUGAAAGAUGCCACCCAUAGCACCUCCCUGGCUGAUUCUCUCUGCUAUGGAGAGCUGAGGGGGUUUGCAGAGAGCUUGUGCCAAAUGAAGCUGAACAAGCUUGGAAAGCUGGAAGGAUCAUUACACAAGCUCUCCCAGCUCGUAGCAACAAAGGCUGCUUUUGGCAAGGGUCACAGAAACCCACACACCCCACCUUUCACUUCAGGGGUAAGCAGCAUCCCCAAACCCUGAAUAUCCACUGAGGAGCUCUUACCAGCACCUUGUGUCAUUUGUAAGCCUUGACUCCAUUAUACUGAACAACUUACAACAAAAAGUCCCAUAAAAACUAGACUGAGGGGACAUAAUGUUUAUAUAAAUAUUUGUUUGGUGGCUACAAGCGUGAAAACCAGCAGUUCUUUCUGGCAGCAUGGUGGGAAGCAGCAGCAAGGGUAAAAAUCAGCAAAGUUACUUAUAAUAACCCCAGGGAGGCCUAAAAGAUCAUUUGGGGGUUAAGUAGUGGCUGUAAAAAAAGCUUGGAACCACAAGCAAAAAAUGUGUCUGCAGCUGCUUGUUCCACAGAGAUUUUCCAAAAACACAAUGUACAAAUGCUUUUUUUUUUUAAAAAAGUAGAAGUGAGGCAGAGACAUCUGCUUCUCCUCUGAAUAAAACCUGCAGGAAUUCCAGAGGUUUCUGUAACUUGGAAUAUCAGAUAAGUUAUGUGAAAGCACCAUGACUCAUUUUAAUUUCGUAUUAUCCGUAAAGAAAAUCUAAUGCUUUUCUGAAAGUAGUGCAGAAAAAUCACACUGAAGGAUUAAACAGACACUAAGGACCCUGCUUAAUAGUACACUAGCUGAAAUCAGGCAGAUACUAAAUGAAUCAUUUUAAAACCUAGAAUGUCUUAACUCCAUGUUGGUUAUGUCACGCAGCUUGGGUUUGCAGCUGCUUGUUUCAGAGCUUGAAGAUGUUUUAGUAAGAAUUUAGGUAUUAAAACCUAGGGUUUCAGUGGAAAGACUUCAUGGAUUUAAGCCCAGCCUAAGUGAUAAUUUCAGCUGAACAAUAAUUAAAAAAUAAAAGGCAUGUUUCCAUGCAAAAGCAUCUGUAUUUCUUUGCCUAAGUGUAUAGUCGUGGUACACUAAACUUUGCACUUCAUGCGUUCUCUGUCCCUCUGUUAGGAAGCACUGAUGGGCACAUACACCUGGGAGGAGGCACUGGAAUGAGCAGUAAAGGACAAACUGGUUACAUCCACAGUGGAGUUUUGACCAUCUUUUCCCUUCAACUCGACCCUCUGGACCAUGUUCUUGGUUCCUACCAUUUUUGGCCUAGGUGUGCCCUUGCUUCAGGAGGGGGGAAAAAAAAUAUAUAUAUAUAUUAAGAAACAGUUCAACCAGAGCUUCCUGAAUUGUGGGAUUAUUCGUUUCCAUCUGUUACUGUGUGCUAAGAGACCAAUUAUUCUAUCCCUCUUUCCCAACCAGCUCUAACAACUGUUAAGAGUUUCUAGACAUCCUCGGUGCCUAAUAUGGCAACACCAUCUGCCCGGAGCUGUAAUACUUUGCUCAAGACUGAUUGGCCAAGACUUGGACUUUCAAAAACACAUAAAUACCCCAGGCAGCUACUGCUCAACGUCUUUGAUUCGAUCAAAGAACACCGGUGAAACUGCCACAAAAUGACAGCUCUGAGGCUGAUCGCCCUGGUCAGCUUGGUGUCCACUGUUUUUGCCAACCAGUUGGACACACACCCGCCCCAACAACAACACAGACACUGGGCAGCUAUCUGCGCGGGAAAUCCCACCAACAGAAUCCGGGGCUGCGAUAAAUACGGCUGCGGCCAAUUCGGCGCCGACAGGCACAGCGGUAAGGAAAGGCAUAUGGGUGUGGAUGUCAUCUGUGCUGACGGAGCGACAGUGUACGCUCCUUUCAGUGGCCAGCUCUCCGGACCCAUUCGAUUCUUUCAUAAUGGAAAUGCCAUCGACGAUGGAGUGCAAAUCAGGGGAUCAGGUUACUGUGUGAAGCUCGUCUGUAUUCACCCCAUCCGGUACCAGGGCCAUAUCCAGAGAGGGCAACGCCUCGGGAAAAUGCUGCCCAUGCAAAGAGUAUUUCCUGGCAUUGUCUCUCACAUCCAUGUGGAGAACUGCGACCACUCUGAUCCCACUGAUCUACUUACACCUGUUGUUCCACCAUUCCCACAACAAGACAGACGCUGGGCAACAGUGUGCGCUGGGAAUCCUACAAAUGAGAUAAGAGGCUGUGACAGAUACGGCUGUGGAUACUACGGAGCUCCAAGAUCCAAUGGUAAAGGAAAGCACAGAGGUGUGGAUGUCAUCUGUGCUGAUGGAGCAACCGUUUAUGCUCCCUUUUCUGGCACACUCUCUGGACCCAUUAAAUUCUUCCACAAUGGAAACGCCAUCGAUGAUGGAGUCCAAAUCCAUGGAGCAGAAUUCUGCGUAAAACUGGUCUGCAUCCACCCGAUCAAAUACAGCGGAACAAUUUCCAAGGGACAAGUCCUUGGGAAGAUGUUGCCAAUGCAAAGAGUAUUUCCUGGGAUCACAUCUCAUAUUCAUGUUGAGAACUGCGAUCACUCAGAUCCUACCAGCAAUCUUGAAAGGGGGAAAGGGCAAAGAGUGUGAAAUGGAAAUGUGGUAAAUUCCAAAUAAAUUCAUCUCAGCA